AUGCCCGCCACGAACACCUCUCGCCGUUGCCGCCUGACCAUCGAGCAGAAGCUCGUCAUCUGCACCUACGCGAAGAAGGCCCGCGCAAAAGAGAGCCUGACCGACGUCGCGGAGUGGGCGACACGCACCUUGAAGCUGAAGACCCCUCUCUCUCGCCAAGGUGCUGCCCUCAUUGUCAAGCGGGAGGCGCAUUGGGUUGCUACGGCCGAGUCGCACCGUGGUCGGAAGCAGGUGGUCUCUCUGCGACACCGCAAGACCGACGACAUCAUCAUGAAGGAGAUCAACGACAUGGAAGGAACUGUCGAAGCCGUCACAGGCGAUGUGAUCAGACAGCGCAACGGAAUCUCGCAGAAGCGGAAGCACGGCGAAGCUGCCUCUGUAGACGACGACGCCGUCGAAGAGGGAAGGAAGAAGAUACGCAAGCUCACCGACGCCUAUCCUCGCUCUGAAAUCUACAACUUCGACGAGACCGCUUUCUUCUUUCGCCAAGACGCAAAGACGACGCUCACACAAAAGAAGGCGGUCUCUGGACGCAAAGACCCAAAGAACCGAAUCACGCUUGCGCUGGCCGUGAACGCCGACGGCCCCGACAAGCUGCCGCCGCUAUACAUCGGCUCCGCUGCUGUUCUGCGCCCGUUGCAAGGGCGUGAUGUGCGUGCUGAGCUUGGCGUUAUCUACAAGCACAGCCCGAAGGCAUGGAUGACUACGUCGAUCUUCUUGGAGUGGUUGGGCGAGGUCAACCACCAGAUGUGGCUCAAAGACCGCAAGAUUCUGCUGCUGGUGGACAAUGUAAGCUCGCAUGUCCAGCCAGAGGUGUCGUUUAGCAACAUCAGACUUGCGUUCUUGCCAAAAAACACAACGUCCCGCUUGCAGCCACUCGACCAAGGGAUUAUUCGCUCGGUGAAAAGCAAGUACUCCAAAAAGAAGGUGAUGGAUAGCGUCGAGCGCUAUUACGAUGACCGUGAUCAGAUUAAAGUCGACCUUUACACUGCUCUGAAAUGGAGCAAGGAGGCCUUUGACGGGGUCACUUCGAAAACUAUAACCAAUUGCUGGAAGCACGCCGGUAUUCUCUCAGACAGAAGCAGGAUCUCUUCUCUACUUAACUAA